AUGGAGGAAAUCUCCAAAUUGGAGAAACUUCAGAACGAAGACAUGCGCAUUGUACUCGAUGCCGUGGAUAAUCUACGUGCAGUGGGUGUCAACAACAUUAUCCCUCUCCCACAGAUCGUCGCAUGCGGUGAUCAAUCGACCGGCAAGAGCUCUCUCCUGGAAGCGUUGACCGGUAUUCCUUUCCCUCGAGACACUGGCCUUUGCACCCGCUUCGCCACUCAGUUCAUCCUUCGGCGCGCCGACAAAGUCUCCAUCUCUGUCACCAUCAUCCCCGGUCCAACCCGAGUCGACAAGGAUGAACGUCAGCAUCUUGAGAAUUUCGGAAAGGGCAAGACCUUCGACCCCACCAAAUUGGGCGAGCUCAUCGAGGAAGCUACGCAAGUCAUGGGCCUUCCUCCUCUGACAGGAAAAAAACCCAAGGUCGUCUGCGCUUUCUCUCACGAUGUGCUCAGUAUCGCCAUAUCUGGUCCCGAUCGUCCUUCACUCACUCUGGUCGACACUCCUGGCUUGAUCAAAUCGAGCGGCAAAUAUCAAUCCUUGGAAGACAUCAAGACUAUUGAGGCUCUGGUCAAGUCUUACAUCGACCAAGACAGCACAAUCUUGCUUGCUGUGCUGUCGACCACCUACCAACACGAGCUUCAACAGAUACCUUCUAUGAUCACAAAAGCUGCACCACGCACACUUGGCAUUAUUACCAAGCCAGAUGGUCCUGGAGCCGAUACCGCACUUGAAACUGAGUAUAUCGAGUUGGCACAGAAUCAAGUCCUGCCCCUCGGCCAUGGCUGGCAUGUGGUCAGGAACAGAUCGGAGAAGGAGAUGAGUUUCGACAUGAAACAACGUGACCAGUCUGAGAGAGACUUCUUUGCUGGAAGUAAUUGGACAAGUAAACUGAAACCCGCUCAGCUUGGUGUUCCUACUCUGAACGAUCGACUUGCCAAACUGCUCUACCAACAUGUACAAGCCGCCAUUCCUAGCCUGCAGAUCAAUCUCAAGGAGAAACUCCAAGAGGUCCAAAUCAAACUCGACAAGCUUGGUCCAGGUAGAGGCACGAUUCAGGAGCAUCGUGGUCUUCUAGUUGAGAUUGCUUCGCACUUUCAGCGUCUUGCUGAAGUGGCCAUUGAUGGCAACUACAAGAAAGACCCAUUCUUUGGAUUGCCUUCUAUCAAAGUCUCGACAGAUGUCGUCACUGGAGAACGUCGCCUGCAUACACUCGUGCAGGAUGCUCACAGACAAUUUUCGCAUGCCAUUCGUCGCCACGGAUCCAAGUACGAAUUCACCGAAACACCUGCUGAGUGGGACGCGGCUGGUAGCAGCAAUGACUUGCUUGGUCUCUCGGACACCGUGCUGCGCUCCCCUUACAAUGGCUUUGCAUCGGACCAGAAGAAGACAACUUAUGCCACCUAUCUCAAGUAUGUACAGGAAACAGAGAAGUACUACCGUGGCGCUCAGCUCUCUGGCAUGUUCAAUCCCGACAUUGUGGACGAGCUGUUCCACGAGCACUCUUCUCGCUGGUCAGACCUCGCGAAAGCCCACAUUGAAAAUGUGAACAGUCAGUGCAAAAACUUCAUCAAGAAGCUUCUUUCUCAAAUUGCCCCACGAGACAUCGCCGCCAGAUUGGGAGCGCGAGUCCGUCCUAUCCUUCAACAUCGCGAAGAGGAGGCUUUGAAAGUGCUAGACAAGUUCCUACAAGUCGAGCGCGGUGUUCUUAUGACCUACGACCCUGAUUUCACAUUCACCGUCGAGCAAAUCCGAAAGGAACGCCUGAAGCGCAAAUCAGUCGAGGGUACCAGGCCAUCUACUACAAGUCCUGUCAUCGGAGAAUCACCAUCACGAUCCAAGAUGGCUCGUACCGACACCAAGAACCAGAUCAGCACGGACGGUAUUGCUGCAGAAGACGCUUUCUCCGUUAGUUGGGUCUACUGCCGCAACCAGCGCGAACACUUCGUCGCCUACUUGACCAAGCACGUCAUCGAGCCAUACAUGAUCGAGGGACUUGACAAGAUCAUUUCACCGAAGGACUUCGGAAGCAUGACUGAUGAGGAGGCACGCUUGCUGGCUACCGAGGCUGAGGAGUUGAUCGAAGAGCGAAAAGGUCUUCUACGCGAGAAGGAGAUCCUUGAGAAAGGAAAGACCGACUUCGACGCUGCUCUGAAGAAGUAG